AGGCGACGGCGGGUCGAAUGGCGUCUGCUCCCCCGACCUGUCACCCUCGCACCGCCACGUUCUCCUCCCUUCCGCGCCUCCUACAGGACUCUCUCCCACCUUUGCAGGCACAGGUAGAGCUUGUGUUCUCUGAGACUGUUUUUACAAGUGCGGUUAUGAUCAGAAGCCAUCAGUCCGCAUCAAAAGACUUAAGGAGUGAUGUUAUUGCUACCCAAGAGUAUGGCCCAAGCUGUCAAUGGACCGACAAUCUGUAAGACAGCGAACCAAAAAGCAUCCACUGCCCCAUUCGACGUCUCAGCAGUUGAGGUAUGAACGAGAGAGAUUGGAACUACAGAAAAGGGUCACAGAGCAGCUGGUGUCUGAUGUGCUUGGUUUAUACGAAAAGUCCCUAUUUGUGGACUUGAAGAUAGAGGCAUCACGAGGGAACAUUUACUGUCACCAGCUAUUCUUCGCUGCGCGGGUACCAGCUCUAUGGAAACUCCUUCAGGAAAUCGCAAAGUUUCAACGCACAGAUAAGGCUCCUGCUGAGGAUUUGCUCUCGGUCCAGCUGCCUGACAUUGAGUAUCGUGAGCUACAAGCGUUUAUUAGGACUCUUUACACUGACGAUGCCAACCGGGCAGCUGGGAUAGGCCUCAGACGUAAACUAGAGGACAAGUUGGCAGUGCUGCAGCAGAGGGCAUUACUAUGCCAUAGACAGAUCCGCAUCGAGAAGCUUAGCAGUGACGAGGAGCAGCAUGUCCAGCAGUUCAUUCUGGAGCAGCUGCGGCUUGGUCAGCUGAGUGAGCAGCGGGGCAAUGUCCAGGAUGUACAGAGGCUGUUCCGCUGCAAUGCCCCCCGUGGCCGACGCCAGGCUACUCCACUUUCAGACUCAGACACAAACAGCACUGCCACGCUGACAACGGAAGUCACACAGUAUAAUCCUAACACAUCUAAAUCUGUGAGGCCUAAGUCUAGUCGAAGGAUUCCAGCUCAAAAACCAAAGUCGUUGGGAAACACAAUGAACAUUACAAACCAUUGUGUUUUAGGUAUUGGGAAAAGUGAAAUCAAAGAAAAACAGCAACUAAAUAUUAGUAACGAAGUGUGUGGAGGUUGUGAUAAUGUUUAUAGUGGUAAUGAUCUAGGACAGUCAGACAGAGAGGGUAAGGUUUCCUCAAAGGGACCUCCAGUGCCAACUAAGCGAGCCUCUAAUGAUGAAACUUCUCCUACUGGACGGAUUUCCAACCAGGAAUCACCGGUUUUUAAUGUUUCUAUGAUAAAAGAGUUGCAGACUUCUCCAAUGCAAGUGAGUGGGGAAUCGUUUCAAGACAAACUUCGCGAAAAGAAGGACCUCUCUCCUUCCCAGUCCCAGAGGUCUGCCAACUCAGAAUUUACCCAAAUGGAAAAUGUGUAUCGGCAGGAUAAUGUAGUUUGUACCAAUGGAGAUAUAGGUUCUCAUCACGACGAAAAUAUCAGAACCAAAGGAAAAGCUCACAAAUACGGUGCCAUGUCCAGCACCAGAGAAAAUGCUUCACUUCAUCAGGCCAAUGCAUUGUUGAAACAGCAGCAGCAGCACCCACAUGUUCAGCCUACCUCUUCUUCAAAGCAAGGUUUUCAGCAGAAAAGUCAGUCCUUUGGUGCAGAAUCUCAAGACAGUGGUGAUUUUGACAAUGCCAGUGCCAGCAACAGUGGAAGUGAACAUCGUCUGAGUCACCUGCAUGAAACCUCAAGCCUUGAGGUGGAGCUUCCAAGUAGCCAUGAAGAAAAUUCAAGCAGUCAGGAUUCAGAGGGAAGCCCUACAGGUGCUGGCAGGAGAUGGAAGUCGGAAAAUCGUGAGGCAGUUUACAAUCAUGACACAGGAGAACAGAAUGAUCUGAAUGAAUCAGAAGAAUCUAUGCAACCCAAGAGACCACUUGUAAGGGCAAGAACAUUUGAAGUGUUUGAUCCAAUCAUCAGUGGUGCUAUACAACAUCAAGAUCCUGCUGAAAAAAUGGAUGAUCAACCUAAAAGAUCCAACCCCAGCAGAGGAGAUGAUGGAGUGGCAGCUGAAAUAUCAGCUAAUCCCCAUGUCAGUUUCAGUUCAGCUAAGGGCAUCCCUGCUUCCCGCUCUGAGGAGAGAUAUAGCACAGGCAAUGGAAAAGAACGCAAAAUUUCAGAUGAAAUUGUAGGUCCAUAUCCAGACAACAUAGAAGAUCCAGAAAAACUUAGAGAGAUGGAAAGAAAGAAAGGCUCACUUUUGUUUGAGCACAACUUUCAAACAUACUCAAACAUUCCUACAACAAAUAUGAUGACUGCUAGCAUGAUGACAGCUAGUAUGAGUUCUGAGAGUAGUAUGGGAAUACCCUCUCUGUACAGCAGCAUGAUUGACAGUGCUAUGCUUGGCAGUAUUCAUUCUCUAGGUGCUUUAGAAGCACCUAUCGUUGACCCUAUACCUCGGCCAGCAUCUGUUGGCUUACCAGUAAUGCAUCAAAUAGAGGAUCCAAAUCCUGAGCUCACAAGCGUUACAGGUCACCGUCCAGAACUUAAAGGUCAGUGCACAGAGCAAAUGACACACGAGUUUCAAAGGGAAAUGGCAAGAAGGGACCAAGGCUCUCGGUCACCAUCACCUGAUUCACUCAGUGUUGAUUUUGCAGCAAGGAGAGAAGCAGAGGCCCUUUACAGAGCUAAAGCUUCACAGGAGAGACAGUUAAGAAAGUCUGUGGAUGGUGGUGUAUCCCAUGUGAAGAAAGAGGAGAUGGAUACUGAGGAGAAAGAACAGGAUGAUAGAGAAAAUGAAAGCAGAAGUAGUGAUUCCAACCAAAGUGAGGGAAAGACUGAAGAAAAAGGUGAAGCCAGGGAAACAAGAGUAGAGGACCACCAGCUGAGUUCUCUGGGCAUGGCAACAGGAAGUCCAAGGCUAAGUAGACUGGGGGAAAAUAAACCCAUUGUAUCAGGAGGCUCCACACUCAAGAGAGAAAAGGAGGCCAAGGAGAUGAAACCUAUUCCUAAGAGUGAAAGACAAGUGAGCAUGGGUACUGUCAAGGAUGUUGAUGCUAUUCCACUUGUCUUUGGAUUUAUUGGCCCUCAGGAUGAAGAGGAAUCAGGUAAGCCUAAAGAUGAGUCAAAGAAAGAAGCUAAAGGAGAAGAGGAGGAGGAAAAACAUCCACAGAGUAUUUUCCCCAUGUUCAUUGACCUAAAUGAGAUCCCUUCUCCAGCGAAAGAAAAUCCCAAAGAAAUAGAGAAGAAGGAAGGAGGCAAAGCUAAGGCUCCUUCAUCUUCAGUCUACAUGUACAUAGAGGCUGACACUCCCUCUCCCAAAAUCAGAAGAAAGAGAAAAUCUGAGAGUGAUAGCACAGCACUCUCAAAGUCUGUGGAAUCUCAUCCAGAAGCUGAGUUUGCAUCUCUACCUCCUGUCUUGGGGGCGGCUGCAGAAGAUAAACACAAACAGUCAGAAGUCAAAACAGAGGAUGCAAAUGAAACCUCUGAUGGUGGUGCUGGGAGUGCAGGUGAUGGAAAUGGCAGCAAAGAAAAGAAAGGAUUUUUUGUAUUUAUUGAAGCUGAUUCUCCAGCAAAGACUGGGUCACCAAAGCCUAGAAGGCGUCCGUUGCCACCAGCCAAAAAGAAAAGUGAAGCUCCUAAUCCCAUGUCAAGAUCAGCUCCAAGUGAUUCACUAGUGUUUUCAAGCCAAGAUAGCCCAAGCAAGUUAAUGACAAAAUCAGUGAUAGACAGAGAUGAAUUCAUAGCCCAGCCUCCAGCAAGAAAGAAUGUCAGCCUAAAUGACAAAAUUAAUGAAUCAUCCAGUGGAAAAGAUACUGCAUUUGUGUCUGGUAUCCCAAGACCUAUUCGUACCUUGAAGUCCCAAGCAUCAACCAAGACCAGCAAAGCAAAGCCUUCCCCGCACAAGAGAAACACAGGUACUCACAGAGACAGUUCACACACCAAAGAUGAGCCAUCUGAAACUAAUGACAUGGCCACAAGUAGAGACAUUUCAAUCUCAGAGCUAGGGCCAUCUCAGAGCAUAUCGUUCAGCGAUGUGAUGUCCACAAGCCUUCCUCAAGAGACAGACGGGGCUUCUGAGGUGUCAGAUGUGAGCAGUCUUCUCAGCAGCAUUGAACGCUCAAAUGAACCAUCUGACCAGCCAGGAUCAGAUCCACACUCAAGAUUAGGAGAAGAUUUAUUGCGCAUGUUUGAGAAUGAGAUCAACACCGAUGUAACAAUACAGAUUGGUGAGAAACGUAUCCGAGCCCACAAAUGCAUUUUGGCUUCCCGUUGUGUCUACUUUGCUGCUAUGCUCUCAGGACACUGGGUGGAAAGUGCAGGAAAUGUGAUAAAACUUCAAGGGUUUUCACCUGACUGUGUGACAGUAGCCCUGAAGCACAUCUACAGUGGCAGUAGCACAGUGCCAGAAGGAGUGAGAGUAGGAGAGUUGGCAGCACUUGCUGACAUGUUAGCUCUAGAUGGCCUGAAGGAUGUCAUCUCUUUACAUCUGAAAGCAAAGAUGUGUCAUUACUUCCACAAGCCUUGCUCGGGAUGUCUAGAAGGAGUCCUGGACGUUCUGCCUAUAGCUGGUGCGUACUGCCUCGAUGAGCUAUAUCAUCGUUGCUUGCGAUGGGUUGCCAAGCAUUUUGUGGUCGUGCUGCCAACACGAAAUUUUGCUGCUUUACCUCCAGAGGUGCAGGAUAGAUGCCUUAAACAGAUAUUAGAUGACAUGAGUGUUGGUAAUGUGAUAGACACUGCCUUAGGAUGCGAGAGAGUGCUUUCAUCCUUGCCCAUGGUGAGAUGGUCGCAGCCAGUAUUUGAUGCAGCUGCCCAGUUGUUGGAGUCGGCCACAAGCUUCAUUGCUGCUAACCUUAGUGGAGUGUUGUCAUCAGAAAGGUUCUUGGCCUUAGGAAAGGAUAGUGGAUGGAAUAUUGACAGCUUAGAGGAAACCAUGCGUGUAGCGUGCGAGUUGGUGAGACCCGACCAAGCUGUUCUGUCUCAUCUGCAACUUGCUAAGCUGCUUGAACAAAAUGAAGAAGAUGGACUUGGUGAUGUUUCAGAGAGCUUCCUGAACUUCUUGGAAAACUUGUUAAACCAAGUUGAGAAGUUUAUGAUACACAACGCAAACCGUGUAGCUGUAUGCCGGAAAUGGCCUUUGUUAUCAACCAGUACACAACGAAGAAUCAAAGAUGCCGCAAUGGUGAUCGUAGAGUUCUCUAGACCCACUGUCCCCAGGCCAAAGCUGUCUUCAGCAAAUAGGAGAACCCGAGGAAGCAGCAGUGAUGGCAGUACUGGGGUUGCCUGUCGAGGAGCAGACCAUAGGUUAAUGCGUAGUGCCAGUGCCACCGCCGUGCCAUCCUCUCAGAGAAUUGGCCCAAGAAGACCUCCUUCAUCAGGCCAGGACCCCACUCGCUGCCAGACCCCCCCUGCCCGACUCUCACGCCCUCGCACCCAGACCCCACCCCCCACAAGAGCAUCCACACUUAGGGCACAGGCCAGACAAGCAGCCAUUCAGAGAUCACAAUCUGCUCGCACCGUAGCUGAGCGACCUUCAAAAGUAAAGCAGGGUGCUAACACUUCCACAGACGAGGAUUCCCAUUCUAGUGGGAGACGCACAACCCCCAUGGCCUCCUUCACCCGGGGUGCAACAUUCACCCGCUCCCUCUCAAGACCUGAGCCCGCUGGCCGUGCGCGUCCCCAAACCCCAACUAGAUUGCCGGGGGCUUCAUCCCGGCCACGCACCCCAGGGCCCACGGAGUCCUCUCAGCUACCAAGGAGGGCAGCCACCCUUAACCGCACAGCCAGCCACACUACCACUGGGAGCUCAGCCUCAGAGGAUGAGGUACCAAGGAAAAACAGCACAGCAUCACGAGGUCGAGCUCUGACCUCCCUGAAUGAAGGGUCAGGAGAUGCUGCAAAGUUUGCUCGGACUCAGCCGGCGGAAGCGCGGUCCCGGACUCCAACAAGGUUCGCAGAGACACGUGGCAGUACCUCAAGCCUUGCUAGGGCAGGCCGUACCCAGCCUGAGAAUCAGACCACGCCCCCUGGCUUCACCGAUAGUGGUUCGCACACACCCAGGACACCCAGAAUUGAAAAGGGUGAACCACGGAAGCAGAGUGAUGCCAAGAAUGGAAAUAUUGUCCCGCGGUCAAGGGGCAGCACCAUGGGGCGGAGGUCCACUCGGUCACCCAUGAGAGAUUCCGGACGUCCCAUGGGGCGGACAGGGAGCCCCACGCCCUCAAUGACUCAGGCUUCCAAUGCAGCUGAGAAUAAAAGCAGAUCUUCCAGUGUAACUAAUAAACCAGUGGCAAGCACUACCACACCACCUAGUGUUGGUAGUCGCUCAAACACUUUCUGCAAAGAUAACACAGGCCCCAACCAGAAACCAGUUGUACCCUAGCUUUGUUUGCAACAUGCCAUGUGCUGAUAGUGAAACUCACUUUUAUUUUACCAUUCGUUAAGUGUUAAUGAAGGAAUGUAAACAUAUAUGACUAGGGUCCUAGAAUAGGGAUGCUGGACAUUAUGCACUAUUAUUCCCAAACAUUUACUAUAAACUUCUGAUAGAAACAUUGGAUUAGUAAAAUUUAAAACCACUUUAGAAUAUUGUGCCAUAUUAUAUCCAAUACAGUACUGUAAGCAAAAGACCAGCAUAUCUAAAGGUCUUUACUAAUCCAAUAUUGUAGAUCCUCAAGUGGUUUUGCCACAUUUUUCCUCUCAUAAGCCCAAGCAGCCUUUAUAACUGCCGCUAGUGGUCGUCCAAUUGAGUUCUGUGGUUUUUCUAGUCAACCAGUUUUCUCUACUGUAUUUUGAUGGAAUAGCUUCUUGGCCUUUUGGAGAUUGACCUAGAAGUACCAUGUUGGUUAAGUAUUCAGUUCUCAAUUUGUUCUGAAGUUCUACAGUGACAGCAUUCUACAUUCUGAAUUGUGUUGAGUUUUAGUGAAAUGAUUCCGUUUCUAUGGGUCAUAGGCAUUUGUGAGCUAUAUAAAUACAUAUAUAUAUAGAUAUAUAUAUAUAUAUAUAUAUAUAUAUAAAAUUGAAGUAUAUAUUGGCUUCAUAGAUGUGGAAAAUACAGCAGAAGAUGAAAAACAUUAACAUAUUAUCUGCUUGCCUGAGGCCUUGAAUUGUUUUCCGAUGCAGAGGCCCCACAAUGUUGACCUUUUUUGUAUAAAUAUGAAUCUAGGUGCUUUGUAAUUUAAUAGCUGCUAUGUACCAAAGAUGAGGUCACAAUCUUCAUUUUGCUAAGGUUGCUUUUCUGAUGUCUGUGAUAUUUCAAUAUUAUAAGUAUUUUGUUAGUUAUUUGAUAAGAUAGCACAUGCACAAAUUAUAAUUAUAUAUUUAGUUACUUUUUUCAUGUUUGUACAUAAUGCCUGGCUAUGGCUGUAUUGCUUAUAGCUGGAAACUCAAUGACGAAUUUUUAGUUUGAUAUAUAUUAUCAGAUAUGAAGAUAUUUUGUUGAUUGAUCAUGUACAGGAAUAUGUGGGAAUAUUACAGUUUUAAGUAAUUUCACCCAAGGACAAGCCAGUGAUAAAUUGUCUCAAACCCUUUCUAUUUUAAUGUAAUGAAGAUAUUGAUGUAUUAUAUCAAGCUACACAAAUAUACAUCAACAUUAUGUGAAUCUAAUUAACGAAAUAACAAUAAUAAAUAAUUGGAAAUCACCGUUUUGAUUUUAAGAGAAACUGUACAUCUGGACUGUUGUAGCAAUAUGAUUAUGAAUGGAAACUGGUUUUGGCCAUUGUAUGAAAAUUUGUUAUUUGUUUUGAAUCACAAAAUUGAUACAAAUUGUGCAUCAUUAUCAGUCCUCAUUUGUACAGAUCUCUUAAAAGGCAACAAAUUAAUUUAAAUCUACUAAAAAAUGCAUGAAUAUUAAUAACUGUAAGCUAACAUUAUGAUAUCAAUGACCCAUUAUGAUUUUUAUACAGGUUUAACAUACAGUAUAUCAUGUAAGUUACAUGGUCAGAAGUACUCACCUGACCAUAGUGAAUUUACAAACCAUCAGUAUUGGCAAUGCCAUUAUCAGUUUUAAGAGAUAUUUUUUUAGGCAUAUGAAAAUAUAUUUCUUCCCUUUUUAUUUUCUUUUUUUUCUAGAUUAGAAUUUUCUGUCAUUCUUCCGUUUGUAAAUAUUUUCAUUGUACAUGACAUAAUUAUUGCUUGUUCAUUUUCAUUUGCAUCCAAGUAUUAUUGCUUUAACAUUAGGAUGUAAAGACCACAUUUUCCUCUCCUUUACUUUAGAAUAAUAAAAUUCAAAUGUUUGACACUAAAUCUAAAAGGGAAAAACAAGUAGAAUCAAAAUCUGAAAUCAGUGUUAUUUUCUAACAAAAAAGAUUGAGAAAAUACAUGUCAGUUACGAAAUGGAUUAGAAUGUGCAUAUUGAGUAGAGCAUAUGGUCUUGGAGCUAUUCUUAAUGCCAGAAUUUAAAGCACAGGUCAAGGUUACUUGCAUUGUGGUUUGUAUCUUUGUCAAUAGUUUGUAACAUGAUUUUGUGAUAUUAUUCAUAAAAGUAUUAUUUUUAAUGAUUAUGUAGAAAUAUUUAUGUUUUAGAUAUACAGUAUUUAUUUAUUAUUAGAAAUAUUUAUUAUUAUUUUAAAAUAUUUAUGAAUUUUUAGUCUGUAUUAUUUUGAACAUGUGAAGUCGAUUCUGAAUUCAUGCACGAGUUAAGGUAAAGGUUAGUUUUGAAAUCAAAAAAUUAUUUUGCCAUCAACAUUGAUAAAGGAAUAACAUAUGCUGUCUUUUUUGUUUUGUUUUGUUUUGAAGGUGAUGAUUGUCUGCAUUCAUAUAUUAUUUAUAAAUAUAAUUGAUCAAGACAAAUUAUAAGUGAAAGAAAUUGUUCAUUAUUCAAAAUAAUUUGGUCAGUGUCUGUUUGCCUCAUUUUGUUUUGAUUUUUUGUACAUUCUCAUAUAAUUAUUUUAAAGAAUAUGGUUUAGUUCUUGAUGGUUCCAAAAUGACUUUCAAUAACUAAAUUAUAGAAUUAUACAAGUUCGAGAUGAGCUAAGAAGUAAGUUACUAGAUUGUCUAUACGUGUCUUUCCUUAUUUUAUACACAGUUUGAUUUUGUUCAUAUUUAUAUUUCACAUAUUGUGCUUUAGCUUUUGAAAGAUCUUGAUGUAAUGCAGUGUUGAGUAAGGUGCCUUCAAAUAUUUUCCUGAUUUUUAAUGAUUUCCUCCACUUUCCUCUUAUAAUUCAAAGACAAAGGCAAAGUACAUAUUGGUUCUAAAGCAAUGUGACUUGAACUAGGUGGUAAUAAAGUGGAAACUAUCACUAAUGGAAACUGUACAACCCCCCCCCCCCCCCAUUAAAAAAAAAAAAAAUCAGCUUUUGAAUCUCAACUGGUUUAUGAUAUUAUGUUAAAGUGAGUAAUAGCAUAAUGCAAAUUGCAAACUUUCCUGCUGAGUAAGAAAACACAUUCAUUUAGGUUUAAACAAAAGUAAUUCGUAUGUGCAAAGCUUUACAUCAUUAACAAUUUGGGAGGGGAUGAAAUAGGCUCAUGCAAACAGUUGGUGAGUACUUUUGUUCAUGAUUCAUGUAUUUAUCUUAAUGGAUAAAAUAUCCACACAUUUUGAAAAUCCUGUAUUUGUAACUGCCUUUUUGCAUCUGAAAAUGCUCUUACCUGAACUUAAUUUUUCCCAAUCUUGUGCAUAUCACUACCUACCUUGUCAUUGCUUUACCUAUAUAUCUUACCCCAUUGAAGUGUUGAUUGGCUGCUUUCUGCCAUGAUAGUAUGCAAGCCUUUCCCUCCUUUUGUGUGAAGAGUGGAGUGUAAUUGUCCUCUACUACUAGUCCCAUAGCCAUUAAUGUGAAUCAGGGUUGUCUAGUGUCACAGAUCAAUAAUAUAUGAAUUUAGCCAACUAAAGUGCUAUUAUUAGCCCUUUUCCCUAUAAUUUGUAGUAGUUUGUUGUAGAAAAAUAAGAUUUCCAUAGAAAUAAAAUGGAUUUUAGUGUGCAAACAAGUACACAGGGAUGUGUACUGGAAAUCUGAAAGUCAUGUGAAGAACAAGUUUCAUGCAUAUGGAGAGUAGGUAUGAACAAACAUGUUUGUUGCCAUAUUCAUUUUCUGUAAAAAUGUGAAAAGUUGGAUAAAUUUCCAAAGCAGAUUUUUCACCAACAGAGAAAAUUAAUAAUUUACAUAUCAGUAUUGAUACUAUAAAAGUCAUUGACAUGAAUGAAAAGUAAUGAAUCAUAAGGUGUAUCAUGUCUAAUUCAUUAUUGCAUUAGGGACUGGCAAUUUAAAUUAAAAUGACUAUUGCAACAAAGGGCUACUAAAACCUUAAUUUUCCUUGAUAUGUAGUAAUUCUCUAAGGAUAUUUUUACGCCUUGCAUUUUUUGUGACAAAAUAUCAUCUCUGUGCAAUGUGCAUGUUGCUACAACACACACUUUCCCUUUGCUAAUUUUAAUGGGUAAUGAAGAAUAUUUUACAAUAUCUAUUUUAUUUUGGUAUAGGAAAAAUAAUGAUACCUAAGGAUGUUAAAAAGAUAUGGGAUACCUGGCAUGAUCCAAGUCUGUAAGCAUCAACUAACAUGGUUCUAAAAAAUAAACAAAAUUAUCUUGCGAGUGUUCUAAGAACAGACUUGGACAUCCAGCAAAAGACUUGAUACAUUCAAAUCACCCACAAUUUUUUUUCAUUCAUAUUUCCAACAUAAAACAUAGAAGCCUAUGUAUGGGACACAGUACACUUCAUUAUUUUCAGUUUACACAUUUCAUGUCAUUACCUUUUUGAGUUGCUGAACUGAAUAGUUUAUGGUAUGGGAACAUCUGAUCCUAUUAAUUUGCAAUGCUACACUUGAACUGCAGAAUGUUAGAACCCGAUAUCAUCCUACCUUUUUUUUUUUUGUAUUUUUAUUAUUUAAAUUUUUUUUUCUUCAGUAAAGAUUCCCUGAGUAUGUGCUUUUCAGAAGUCAAAGCAGUUGAUGAAGAUGAAGUUUAGAUUAGCAGUUCACAUAUAAUUCCUAUAUAAUCCUCGCCCCUUAGUUAUAAUGAGAUAAUAUAAUGUAAGACUUGGGUUCUCUACAAAAUGGGAUGAUAUAUGGUAAUGAGUAUGUAAACAAUAUUAAAUGGAGCUGCAGGACUCAUAAUAAAACAUCCAUAGUAGAACCUUCACAACAGACCCUUGAAAUGCAUUAUGUGGGAUUGUAACUAUUCUAGACAGAAAAUGAUUUUAAAUCUAAUGUCUUUAAUUACUUCUGGACUUCGCAAUAAUCAGGUCAAGUUAAAUCAGAUGUAUGUAAAGCUACUGAAGCAUUAAACAUUUUGCUUAGAUCAUGAAAAGGGAAAAAUAUAUUUUUGCUUUUUACAAGAUUGGUUACAAAACAAUGUGAUUAACUUAAAAAAAAAAAAAAAAAAUGCAAGGAAUGUGAAAUUAAA